AUGGAGAGGGCCCCCGCCUCGACGGAGCAGGCGUGCAUGCUGUGUCGCCGGGCAGAGGCUGACCCGAACAUCUGUGGGCGCAAACUGGAGAAGGAAGGGCUCUGUGCCCAUGAGUACUGCCUUUUUUUCGCCAAUGAGCUUUAUCAGCAACGGCUCCAGGAAUUAGGACUCAUGGGAUUUCUCCCUGAGGAUAUUCAACGCACCAUCCAGUGGGCAAUGUGGGAGGACUGCUUCGUCUGUGGCGAGAACUGGGCCGCCAUCACCUGCCACAAGACAGACUGCGACCGCAGCUUCCAUCUCCCCUGUGCCGUGGAGGGUGGAUGCGUCACCCAGUUCUUUCCUCAGUACAGGUCCUUCUGCUGGGAGCACCGCCCAGAGCAGGCAGUGGAGGCGGCUCCGGAGGAGAACACCACCUGCCUCAUCUGCCUGGACCCUGUGGGGGACAGAAAGUCCUACGGCACCAUGGUGUGCCCAGCGUGCAAACACGCCUGGUUCCACAGGGGCUGCAUCCAGGUAGGAGCCCUUCCUUUGGCCCUGGGCCACGGCAGGCGCUCAGCAGCACCAGGGCCACUCGUGCUCCUUAUGUUUCUCCUGCAGGGACAGGCUGCACGCGCUGGCAUUUCUUGCUUCCAGUGCCCGCUCUGUAGAGAUAAGGAAGAGUUUGUCCUGGAAAUGCUCACCAUGGGGAUCCGAAUCCCCUUCAGGCUGCCAUCAUGGGAGAACAGCCGUGCAUACGCAGCACUAUAUGAGAGGCACGGCCGCUGCGAUGCCAGCGAGUGCCUUUGUCCAGGAGGCAGGGAGCAGGCAGAAGAAGAGGGGCCCUGGCAACUGCUCCUGUGCUGCUCCUGUGCUGCCGAGGGCACCCACAGACGCUGCGCCUACUCGGGGAACAGCACGGCCAGCUGGGAGUGCAACAGCUGUGCUGGCCUGGGCACCGACUCCAGUACUGCCUCGGAGCUCACCAGCCCCAGCACUGCCAGCCAGUCAGGAUCGGGGCCUUCCCACGACUCUCCGGCACCCGAGACCAGCAGCCCCAGCACCAGCAGCCAGGCGGCAUUGGUGCAAUCUCUCGGAUCUCCAGCACCAGAGACCAGCAGCCCCAGCAGUGCCAGCCAGGUGUCAUCGGGCUCCCUGCCACUUCAGGACAGCCUCCGCUCCAGCCUCCCUGGGCCUGUGCGGACGCGAGACCGCUCCCGCUUGCGGUACAUCAACGUCCAAGAAAGGGAGAAGUCUAAAGGCAGCCAUCCUCCCCAGCAAGUUUUGUUCUAG